AUGACGAUUGUUCUUGAUCGUGGGGUUAUCUCUAAUAAUGACAUUGCUGGGAACGCCGCCAUAGAUGCAUUUCAAUACAUAUAUGCAUGUCUGUCUGCAUUAUUAUCCCCCUCCCUAGACAUCCAUAUCUGUGCAUUUGUAUUCUCAGCUUUUCUUUCUUUCUUUUACAACAGCUGCGUCAUAGUUCAUAUCAGUCAUAGUUCACAAGUGAGCAUUGAUUUUUUUUCUUUUCUUUUUCCUUUUUCUUUCCUUCUUUCUUCUUUUCUUUUUCUUCCUUUUUCAUCCUUUUAUUUUUCUCUUCUUUUUCAUAUUUUCCUUUUUGUAUUCAUUUCAUUUUCCUUCAUUCUUCAUUUUGGUUACCAUUUUUUUUCUUUUAUUUUUCUUUUUUCUUUUUCAUAUUUUCCUUUUUGUAUUCAUUUCUUUUUCUUUCAUUCUUCAUUUUGGUUAACAUUUUUUUAUUUUAUUUUCCUUUUUCUUUUUUCUUUUUCAUAUUUUCUUUUUGUAUUCAUUUCUUUUUCUUCAUUCUUUCAUUUUUUCUUUCUUUCUUUUUUUCUUUCAUUUUUUUUUUUUCUCAAAGAACAAACUAAAUCAAAUAUGUCUUCAAAAGAAAAAACAAUAAUAUUUAACCUUCAACUUUCUUUACCAUACUCAAUUAUCGGUGAUUCAGUUCAUUUUGUUCCAAUAAAAUUUCUUUUCAGCAGCAAUAUUUACAAAAGGAAAUAG